UGCGUCUAUUGUUGUCUUGUUAACCUGCUGCUUGGAGAGUUCUCUCGCAAUGCAACUCUAGUUCCUGCAACCUUGCAUCCGCGCGCCUUCGUCCUUCUGAUUCUGAGGUUCAUCAUCUCAUCCAUGUUCUUCAUCCACCAAAAUAGGGGGAAUUAUUUUUUUCUCCUGUUUGUGAUUCAUUUACCUCUCGUAAGUCAAAGGGAACAAGCAGAACACUGAUUUUUUUUGCUAUUCCAUGGAGCGGGUGGCGCUGGUUGGUUUACAAUUGGUAGUGUCGCCGAUCCUGAAGAAACUCAUCGCGGAUGCCUCAACUUACCUUGGGGUUGACAUGGCGAGUGAGCUCCAUGAACUGGAGACCACCAUCAUGCCGCAGUUCGAGCUCAUGAUUGAAGCAGCUAGCAAGGGCAACCACAGGAUCAAGUUGGAAAAAUGGGUCCAAGAGCUCAAAGAAGCCAUCUGCAAAGCCGAAGACCUGCUCGACAAGCAUGAGUACAACCUCCUCAAGCACCAAGCAAAGAGCGGGAGUGCCUCCACCAGCACUUGUAUGCAUCUUGCAUGUAACUGGCUGUCCAAUCUGGGCACCAAGAACAGGAAGGUACUUCACCAGCUCAAGGAACUAAAGGUCAUUCUUGCCAAAGGCAAGGAGCUCCGUGAACUUCUUUGCUUACCAGCUGGUAAUAAUAGUGCAGAGGGCCCUGCUAUUCCUCAAACCACAUCAUUACCACCUCUGAAAGUAAUAGGUCGUGACAAGGAUCGCGAUCGUAUAAUAAACUUUCUUACCGAGCCUGUUGGUGCUGCCACCGAUGCUAUAUAUUCAGGUCUGGCUAUUGUUGGAGCAGGAGGCAUGGGAAAAUCCACCUUGGCACAACAUGUUUACAAUGACAAGAGGGUACAAGAACAUUUUGAUGUCCGGAUGUGGGUGUGCAUCUCACGCAGACUUGAUGUCCGUCGUCAUACACGGGAGAUCAUCGAGUCCGCGGCCAAGAGGGAGUGCCCGCGUGUUGAUAAUCUGGAUACUCUCCAGUGCCAACUAAGGGACAUGCUGCAGAUAUCAGAGAAAGUCUUGCUUGUGUUGGAUGAUGUUUGGUUUGAUGAUUCGAGCAGUCAGAUGGAAUGGGACCAGCUGUUAGCACCUCUGGUUUCACAGCUCAAGGGGAGCAAAGUUUUGGUAACUUCUCGACGGGAUACAUUUCCCUGUGCUCUUCGCUGCGAAAAGGUGCUCCGGUUGGAUACCAUGGAAGAUACUCAGUUCCUUGCACUCUUCAAAUACUAUGCCUUCGCUGGGGCAGAAAUCAUAAACCUUUCAUUGCUUGAAAGGCUAGAAGAGAUUGCAGAGAAGAUAGCUAAAAGGCUUGGACAGUCUCCCUUGGCUGCAAAAGUGGUGGGUUCGCAGUUGAAAGGGAAAAUGGAUAUCUCUGCCUGGAAAAAUGCUCUAACUUUAAAGAUUGAAAACUUAAGUGAGCCCAGGACAGCCCUGUUGUGGAGUUAUCAGAAGUUAGAUCCACGUCUUCAGAGGUGCUUUGCAUAUUGCAGCUUGUUUCCAAAAGGGCACAAAUAUGACACUGAUGAGUUGGUUCACCUGCUUGUAGUGGAGGGACUUGUUGAUUCAAGCAACCAGAAUAGGAGAAUGCUAGAUAUUGGAAAGGAUUACAUCAAUGAGAUGGUCUCUGGAUCUUUCUUGCAACCAGUUUCUAGUAGAUUUCAGGGCACAUACUACAUCAUGCAUGAUCUUCUUCAUGAUUUGGCAGAGUCACUCUCUGAACAAGACUGCUUCAGAUUAGAGGAUGAUAAGGUGACAGAAAUACCAUGCACCGUCCGACAUCUAUCUGUAUGUGUUGAGAGUAUGAAACGACAUAAGCACAAUAUCUGCAAGCUACGUAAUUUACGCACUGUUAUCUGCAUC